AUGUCGCUGGUUGGCGCGCUUGUCGGACAGCUUCUCUUUGGUUACUUAGCCGACCGUCAGUCAUUCUUCUUUGCACCACACCAGGUGAUAAGCUGACAAGUCUACGGGAAACAGGCCUGGGACGAACGCGACUCUAUGGGAUUGAGUUACUGAUUGUGAUUGUGACUACCAUUACAGUCUGUGCUGCUUCGCAAGGAGUAGGUUCGAUUAACAUUGUGGCUUGGAUUGUGGCCAUGAGAUUUGCCAUGGGCAUAGGUAAGAAGCCAAUCGCCAAUCCUUCCCUUUUCUCGAGACUUCCUUGCUAACCGUAACUCAGGAAUCGGCGGCGAGGUUUGUCACCAAUAGCAUAAGACUCCAGUGAUUAUAGCUCACGCAAAUCAUUAGUACCCUUUAUCAGCCGCCAUCUGCACCGAGUAAGUUCAAAAGCCAUUAUAUCUUAUUAAGCCCGAGCCUAAUCUUUUACUUCAAGAUGGGCACCAACCCAAGCCCGUCCUCGGAUGAUGAGCGCAGUGUUUCUCAUGCAGCCGCUAGGACAACUCGUGGCACAGUUGGUCGGGCUCGCCGUUCUGGCUGGAUACAACCGAACGAAUCCUCUGACAAAGUGCAUGGGCAUACUCGUGGGUACAGAGGAGAAAGCUCCAGAUCCACGCUGGUGUCAAAGCCAGGUCGACAGUAUCUGGCGGUGGAUUAUUGGAGUUGGGGCGAUCCCAGCUGUGGUUGCUAUCUACUUCCGCUUCCAGAUCAAGGACCCAGGGUUGUACGACCUCGAUGUCAGAGACAGAGGCCAAAUAGCUGUCGAGAACACACAGAAUCUGUACAGGGAAAAUCUCCGUGAACUGCAGCAGAAUGCCACGGCUUCAGGGACCCGCCUCCACCGAGUUGACUCAUUACCUGUUCAGCUCACCUUGCCAGAUAUGAGGGACUACUUUUGGAAUCAGGGAAACUGGAGACUCCUCGCCGGCACAUCUGCCUGCUGGUUUCUUCUCGAUGUGUAAGUUGAAUCCUCCAAGAUUACUGACACCUGUCAUUGUGCUAAUUCCAUAUUUCGAAAAGCGCCUUCUAUGGACUCGGAAUUGGAAGCCCUCAGAUCCUGGCCAACGUCUGGGCAUCCAGUCGACCUACUGCCGGCAUGAAUGUUAAUGACCACAGCAGCUGGAACCCGGGCUUGUCAAAUCCCAGCAUCUAUGAAGCUCUACUAGAGAAUGCGAAAAGAAACAUUCUCACCGUCUGCCUUCCCUCUCUCCUGGGAAGUUUACUAGUUAUAUGGCUUAUCGACUAUAUUCCCCGGAAGCAGUUUCUCAUCUACUCUUUCCUUGCUCUUGCGAUGCUUAUGUUUAUCACUGGUGGUACCUUCCGGGCCGUAGCGUACACCGAAAAGUUCCCUGCUACAAUCGUCCUUGUUGCUCUCUGCAACUUUCUAUUCAACUUUGGUAUGUUGGCAACUUCAAGUUAUAACUAUUUAUGGCUACAACCUACUAACGAGAUGGUAACAGGAGCAAAUACUUUGACCUUUAUUAUUCCAGCAGAACUCUUCCCUACCAGUUACAGAGCCACGGCCCAUGGAAUCGCUGCAGCCAGCGGCAAGCUCGGCUCCGUCCUCGUGCAGGUGAUCUUGCCCUUUAUGAAGUUUGACGGCAACCCCAGAAACGAAAAGGUGUCCAAGCCAGGAAGUACAAGCCUUGGAUAUGUCUUCCUCGUUUUCGGCGGCGUCAUGGCUCUGGGCGCGCUCUUUGCUUGGGUCUGGAUUCCCUCCAUGCAGAACCCGCGUGCUGAAGGAGAGAGCUUGGUGCUGCAAAAUAAGACGCUCGAGGAAUUAGCUGAAGGCGUAGAGAGGUACCGCAGCGACGGCCAGGUGAUAGGAAUGAGAGACAAUUUCAAGGCUGCGUAUAAGGGGCUUCAUCGACGUUUGUCUCAUGGGCAAAGAGAACCCUUGGGCGAGGAGGAUGUUGAGAGGAAGUAA